AUGGACGCUUUAGCCCUGAAGGUUGAACACAUGUCUGCAAAUCCUACAGCCGCAUUAGCUGUAGAUUGUGAAAUAUGUGGAACCAAAGGACAUCUUGCACCAGAAUGCAAUAUGUUAACUGAAUCAAACUCAGAUCAAGUCAAUUAUGCCCAAGGAAACCCGUUUUCAACCACUUACAACCCGGGAUGGAGGAAUCAUCCAAACUUAUCUUAUAAAAACAAUAACCCUAUUCAAAACUCUACCCCUCAAAGGCCACCAGAUGAAGUAGAGGAACUAGAUGGACAAAAAGACCAGGAAGUAAAAGAUAAGGGAGAAGAUAAAGAAAAAGUUUAUGUUCCACUAUCUCCUUAUAAGCCACCAAUUCCAUACCCGCAAAGACUUAAACAAACCAAAAUUGACAACCAAUAUAAAAAACUUAAUGAUCCCAAACCUUUAGAGUGCAACUCCAUUGCUGAGAAUAAACUUGCUAAAAAGGAGAAAGAUCCCAGAAGCUUUUACAUACCUUGUAUUUUAGGGAAUCAUGUUAUAGACAAAGCAUUCCUAGACUUGGGAGCAAGCGUAAGCUUGAUACCUUUAGCUGUUUCUAGAAGGCUAACCCUAGGAGAAUUACAACCGACUAAGAUGUCUCUUCAAUUAGCCGAUAGAUCUGUAAAAUAUCCAGUAGGCAUAUUAGAGGACAUUCCACUUAGAAUCAGACAACUUUAUAUCCCAACAGAUUUCGUGGUAAUGGAUAUUAAAGAAGACGCCGAAAUCCCAAUCCUCCUUGGUAGACCUUUCUUAUCAACAGUGGGAGCCAUAAUAGAUCUUAAAAGAGGAAAAUUAACUUUUGAAGUAAGUGAUGAAAAGAUAGAAUUUAUACCUUUCAAAUUCCUAAUGGCUCCAGUCAUAGAGGACUCAUGUUAUGCCAUCGAUAUCAUUGAUGAAUGCAUAAGGGAGCUAGAUCAAUAA